AAUGUUCUACUCAGUUUAGUUGAUGACAGCGAAAUAGAACAUUGGUUGGAAGAAGGAAAUGUAGCUGAUUUGGAGAAUUUGGUUUUGGAAGGUCAAGCCCAUCGAAUUAUUGGCAAAAAAUCGUCAAAUGAGACUACAAACGCAUUUCUGGAAAUAAUUCCGAAGUACCAGGCAAAAAUCGAUGCGCUUCAUAAAGCAGUUGAAGAUGGUGAUAUACGUCGUGCGGACACGCUGAUCGACCAUAGUUAUAUGGCACUUGCCAGAGAUAAAUACGGAAUAACUCCUAUACAUAAAGCAGUUUUAUUCGGCCAAACCAAUACCGUAUCUUAUCUUCUUGCAAAGCAUCCAUUGUGCGUAAAUGUCAUAGAUGAGGAUGGCAGAACGCCCCUUCAUUAUGCAGCAGCCGACCCUUUGGGAAAAUUUAUAGCCAAAUUGUUGCAGAAAUCAGGUGCAAAUGCUUUCAUUGAAGAUAAGUAUGGUCACACACCAUUCUAUUACCGAAGCCAUGUCAUGCGCAGCAAAAAUUUCAAGGAGAAUACAGUAAUCUCUCAGCUUAUCUCUGGACAAAUGAAUAGAAAGCGUCUACGAGACUUAGAAGAAGAUAUAUCAGAUUGGAUCCAUGUGGGUAAUAUUGCAAAAAUGGAGCAGAUUGUACUAUUUGGAUAUGGCGAUUUAUUACUGGGCCGAAUGAAUGAAGUAGAAGACUCCGAUGUGAUCAAUUUCCUCGAGGUUUUGCCGCAAUAUCAGACAAAAAUACAAGCAGCUCAUAAAGCCGUUGAAAAAGCUGAUUUAAAAUACGUAAAACUUUUAAUUGAUCGAAAAAAGAUGUCGCUUUGUCGUGACAGUCGUCGGCUAACGCCGCUACAUAAGGCCAUAAUUUUUGGGCAUAUUAAAAUUAUCAAAUACCUCGUGCGGUACUAUCCUCAGGCAAUCAAUGCUAUGGAUGAGUACCAACGCACAGCGCUGCAUUAUGCCGCUGCACUUCGGGAUGGAGGAUUUAUAUAUAAAAUACUGCGAAAAGCUGGAGGCGAUCCAAAUAUUGUUGAUUGUCGUGGAUGCCCCGCGAAAUUUUACCUGAAAUUUGUUGGUGAAAUCGAUUUUCAGUCAUUGAAACUCGAUGCUAAAGAAGCAUUCGAACAGAUGCUGCAGAAUAAAAUAACGCCAUCAUUCCUUGAAUAUGGUAUUCAACAGUGGCUACGUGAUGGAAAUAUUGGCAAACUCGAUCAACUCGUUAUUUCAGGUUGCGGCGAUUUACUGCUUAAUCGUGCUUCAACCAAUCCAAGUGCAUCUGAUUUUCUAAAAAAUCUACCCAAAACUCUGGAUGAAAUCAAUUUCGUUCAUAAAUCGAUCAAAGAGGGAGAUUUGGAGAAGUUAAAGAAUAUAAUGAAAACGAAAAAGUUAGCAUUAAGCCGAAAUCGUUACGGUUGUACACCUCUGCAUACGGCAAUUAUCUAUGAACGUACUGAAAUUGUACGCUACAUUGCUUCAAAUUUUCCAUCCGUCAUCAAUUCACCGGAUUAUAACGAGCGAACACCUAUGCAUUAUGCAGCAGCUUCGUGUGACGGUGGACAUUACAUGAAGAUUCUCAGCAAAGCUGGUGGCGAUAUAAAAGCCACUGAUAAAGAAGGGCGAACUCCUGAUUAUUAUCAAAAUCAUAACGUUAUAAAUUUGAAAAUGCUACGAGGUCGCCGAGACUCGAUACAAUAUGAACAAUUCGAGCAAACGCCAUGCUUCGACUCAGUAAAAAGUCCGAGAAGUUCAUCAAAUGAUUCGUAUAGCGAUGUAGACUCACAGAGUGAUACGAAUAAUUCGCAAGAUCAGCAACAAACUGCUAGCGAUGAAAAUCUACCAACAUCAGACAGUGGUAUUUACCUUGCACGCACAGUGGCACCUGCACUAACUAAAGCCUUGACUGAGGUAUUAGUUCAUCGUCCUGCUGAUCCGAUUGGUUUCAUAACUGACUGGCUUCUCACCAAACACGAAGCCGAUAAACUGGAAUGA